GUUUUAUUGUUGGUGUGUGACGAUUCGUGCGAGUAGUAUCUUGCAGAUACUGUCGAAAAAAUAUUUUUUUACACAAAACCGAGGUAGUGCAUCUCUCGGUCGUUGUUUUUUCUUUUGGUUUUCAAUGCAUUUUAUAACAUUACCAAUUUAACCAGUAUAGUGGAAAAUUUUUUGUGAAACGUAAAAGAGUUUAUUAAUAUCAAGUUUCCGACGACAAAUCGAAAUGUUCAAGAUUAAUACAAAAACGGAUGCCAUCGCAAUACAGCGUCAGGCCAAGACGACACCACUUGUCGAUGACUAUGAAAUCUCCAACAAGGUGCUCGGCCUGGGCAUCAACGGCAAAGUGGUACAGUGCACUAAUCGCAAAACCAAACAAACAUAUGCGCUAAAAGUGCUGCUGGACAAUCCGAAGGCCAGACGUGAAGUCGAUCUGCAUUGGCGUGCAAGCGGCUGCAGACACAUAGUCAACAUUAUGGAUGUCUAUGAGAACACAUAUGGCGGCAAUAAAUGUCUGCUUGUCGUGAUGGAAUGCAUGGAGGGUGGCGAACUGUUUCAGCGCAUACAAGACAAUGCGGAUGGCAAUUUCUCGGAGCGUGAGGCCGCACAGAUCAUGCACGAGAUCUGCAUUGCGGUACAUUACUUGCAUAGCCGCGACAUUGCGCAUCGUGACUUAAAACCAGAGAAUCUGUUGUACACCACCAAUGAUAAGAAUGCGAUAUUGAAAUUGACAGACUUUGGUUUUGCAAAGGAAACGCUGGUAAAGGACACACUACAGACGCCGUGCUAUACGCCAUACUAUGUUGCUCCCGAGGUGCUUGGUCCCGAAAAGUAUGACAAAAGUUGUGACAUCUGGUCGCUGGGUGUUAUCAUGUACAUUCUACUCUGCGGCUUUCCACCAUUCUACAGCAACAACGGUCUUGCCAUCUCACCGGGCAUGAAGAAGCGCAUACGUACCGGUCAAUAUGAUUUUCCCAAUCCGGAAUGGGCAAAUGUCAGUCAAGCUGCCAAAGACGUAAUCAAAGGCAUGCUAAAUGUGGAUCCCACCAAGCGUUUGACAAUCGAUCAGGUGAUCAGAAAUAAUUGGAUUGCACAGUACACACAAGUGCCACAAACACCGUUAUGUACGGGUCGUAUGCUAAAGGAGGGCGAAGAAACAUGGCCGGAAGUUCAGGAGGAAAUGACACGUUCAUUGGCCACGAUGCGCGUCGACUACGAUCAGGUGAGCGAAAAAAUGCAUGUCAAGGCGCUGGACAAAUCCAAUAAUGCACUGCUGACGAAGCGGCGAAAAAAAUUCGAAGAAGAAUUGGCGGCGCAAAAUAAAAAUACAUAAGGUUUCUGGCCUACAGACGCGUACGUAUGGAGUGAUGCGGCGUUAUAGACAACCUAAACAGUACAUAUAUACAUACAUACUAUCUACUAAAUGGAGGAGAAGGUGCAACAUACAUACAUAUAUAUUUGGACUCGUAGUGCGUGCUGAGCCUGCGCAUUCCAGCAACCAAAUGCGCAUCGUCAAGUUUGGAGAGAUAUUUUUUGACAAUUUGGACGGUAUUUUGUGUAAUUUUUACAUAGAAACGAUACCUAGUAUAAAAAAUAAGUACAUAAAUAUACAUACAUAAAAUAUAUACAAGAGAUAUAAUACGAAAGUGCUCUUUUUUCCUUUACUAUGUAAAAGCUUAUUUUAGUAGAUUAAGUAACGCGCGUUGACAACUUACAGCUACCGCUAAUUAAUGAAUUGCUAUAUACAUACAUACAUAGUAUGUACAAUCAUAUGUAUGUAUAUUCGUUCAUACAUAAGUAUGUACAUACAUACAUGCAAUGAAAGUAUGCAAAAGUUCCAAAAAAAAUGAACGGCUUCAAAAAAUAGCAAAGGUUAUUGUUUUCAAUGAAAAACAGUAAAAUUUAAUUAAAAUGCAUUAAAUUUUUACGUAUGUAAAUACAUACAAACAAAUAUACUUACAUAUGUAAAAAGUGCGCAUUACAUAUGUAUGUUUUGACAUUGCUGGCGCAUUUAAUAUCUUAUGAGCUUUUAUAGGCAAAUGUUUAUACAAACAUACAUCCAUUAGGAGCAAAAUCCCUUAGAAAAGCAAUGUACCCAAAUGUGAACCCUUUUAAAAUUUACAUAUGUACAUACAACAAAUGCUCACGUUUGUUAUGUCUGUACCUAAAUCUGUGACCAAUUAAAUUUGUACUGUUGAUUGAAAAUGGUUUAAAUUCAUUAGGCAUGUAAUCAAUUAUUUACUACUUACAUACAAACAAA